AUGGCAGACAAGGGUAUCCCCAUUCUUUCAGAGAAACCUUCCUCCAUCAAGGACACUAACACUGCCAGGACUUCUCGCAAAUUCGAGGGCUUCUUCCAGAGGAAGAAAGAUAAGGGUGAACAGGAAAAGGUCAAUGUGACGGAUAUUGGCACCAAAUCAGCGGAACAACCUCCACCACCCGUCGGAUUCACUCAGCUCUUUCGAUAUGCAACUCCGUUAGAAUUGUCCCUAAAUGCUAUUGGUGUUGUCGGCGCUAUAGGUGCAGGGGCCGCUCAGCCCCUUAUGACUUUGGUUUUUGGAAGAUUGAUUCAAGAUUACGUUACGUUUGCCACUGCAUUGGAAGUUUAUCAGUCCGCAGAGACAUCCGGAAACGCCACCGCAAUAUCCUCUGCCAAGCAGAAUCUUGAUUCCGCAGCGAGUGGGUUCCGCAGUGGAACUGCCCUGGAUGCUUCCUACUUGACCUACAUUGGUGUCGGUAUGGCUGUAUGUACAUGGACUUACAUGUAUGUAUGGAGAUAUACCGGCGAGGUCAACGCGAAGCGCAUUCGUGAGAAAUACCUUCAAGCCAUCCUUCGACAAGACAUGGCAUAUUUUGAUCACAUUGGAGCCGGUGAGGUGGCUACUCGCAUUCAAACGGAUACCCAUUUAGUCCAACAAGGGAUAUCAGACAAGGUCGCACUCAUGGCCAACUUUUUCAGUGCUUUCCUCGUCGGUUUUAUUCUUGCAUAUACCCAGUCUUGGCGUCUGGCUCUUGCCAUGUCAUCGAUCUUCCCAUGCAUAGGAAUAGUCGGUGGUAUAAUGAACAAAUUUGUUACCAAAUAUGUACAGGAGGCGCUUCAGUAUGUCGCUGAGAGCGGUACCAUUGCCGAGGAAGUCAUUUCUACUAUCCGAACUGCGCAAGCUUUUGGUUCACAAAAAGUAUUGGGAGGUCUCUUUAACAAGAAGAUGGAUUCAACUCGGACCGUGAAUGCGAAGGCUGCAAUUGGGAAUGGGUGCGGUUUGGGAUUUGUUUUCUUCAUCAUUUUUGCUGCCUAUGCCCUUGCUUUUGAUUUCGGUACAACUCUGAUUAACGAGGGUCGCGCGACCGCUGGACAAGUUGUCAACGUCUUCAUGGCCGUCCUCAUUGGUUCAUUCUCUCUAGCAAUGUUAGCACCGGAAGCACGGGCUGUAAUGAACGCCUGUGGGGCAGCCGCAAAAUUAUUUGCCACCAUCGAACGUGUGCCCGAUAUUGAUUCUGCCAGCCAUGACGGACUCAAGCCGGAGAAGGUCGUUGGUGAGAUAACUCUAGAGGAUGUGCGGUUCACCUAUCCCGGUCGACCCGACGUUCCUGUUCUCAAAGGCGUCAACAUCACUUUCGAGGCGGGAAAGACAGCAGCGCUCGUUGGGGCCUCUGGCUCUGGAAAGUCGACCAUUAUCUCGCUUGUCGAGCGUUUCUACGACCCUCUCGGCGGUACUGUUAAACUCGACGGGGUUGAUAUCCGCGACUUGAACAUAAAAUGGCUCCGCUCCCAGAUCGGCCUGGUUUCUCAAGAACCGGUGCUAUUCUCGACGACCAUUAGAGCUAAUGUUGCUCACGGCCUCAUCGGCACCCCCUACGAGCACGCAUCAGAGGACGAAAAGUUCAAACUGAUCAAAGAGGCUUGUAUCAAGUCCAAUGCCGACGGCUUUAUCAGUAAACUACCACAAGGCUACGACACCACUGUCGGCGAACGUGGUUUUCUUCUUUCUGGUGGUCAAAAGCAACGCGUGGCUAUUGCGCGUGCAAUUGUUUCCGACCCACGCAUUCUCCUGCUUGACGAGGCGACCAGCGCUCUUGAUACACAAUCUGAGGGCGUUGUGCAGAAUGCGCUUGAUAAAGCAUCCGCUGGCCGAAUGACGAUUUCAAUUGCGCACAGACUCUCUACUAUCAAGGGUGCUGACCAGAUCUUCAUCAUGGAGGACGGCGUCGUCUUGGAGCAAGGGACUCACGAGGAACUCAUCGCCAGGAAAGGAGCAUACGCGCGUCUCGUCCAGGCUCAGAAACUCCGGGAAACCAAAGAAGCACAAGGCGACACAGACAUUGCUGUGGUCAUUAGCGCAGAAGACAAGGGAAAGGCCGUUGAGGAUGAGGCCCCGCUCGGCCGCCGCGAUACUCACCAUUCCGUGACCUCGGGACUGGCCCGCCAGAAGAACGAAGAGAGAGAGAAGGCUGAAGUCGACGAAAACUCCUAUGGUCUAUUGUAUCUUUUCAGACGCAUUGGAUGUCUGAACUCGGAUGGUUAUCAUUUAUAUAUCAUUGGCGCACUAGCAGCAAUGACGACCGGUAUGGGAUUCCCAGUGUUUGCUAUCAUUUAUGGUAACGCGAUCUCUGGAUUCUCCCAAACCGACCCUUCUGCAAGACGCCAUGCCGGAGACAUGAACGCCUUGUUCUUCGUCGUGGCUAUCGUCUCAGGCAUAGCUACCGGGAUUCAAAACUAUGUCUUUACUGUAGCUGCCUCCAACUUGACAACGAAACUUCGUUCCCUCACCUUCCGUGCGAUUCUUCGCCAAGAUAUCCAAUUCUUCGACAGAACAGAGAACAAUACUGGCGCACUCACAUCUAGCGUGAACGAUAACCCACAAAAGGUCGAAGGUUUAGCUGGAGUCACUCUUGGAACUAUCAUCCAGUCCAUCACGACCUUAGUUGGUGGUUCAGUCGUUGGUUUGGCGUACGCAUGGCAGCCAGCUCUCGUCGGAAUGGCUUGCGUUCCUCUUGUCUUCUCUGCAGGUUUCGUUCACCUUCGCGUGGUUGUUUUGAAAGAUCAGCAGAACAAAGCUGCGCACGAUGACUCUGCCAAACUGGCAUGCGAGGCAGCUGGUGCCAUUCGUACUGUUGCGUCGCUUACUCGGGAAGACGAUUGCCUGAAAUUGUACUCGAGCAGUCUGGAGGAACCUCUCAGAAACUCAAAUAGGAGUGCGAUCUGGAGUAGCCUGAUCUACGCGUUUUCUCAGUCCAGCACUUUCUGGGUAAUCGCCCUCGUCUUUUGGUACGGCUCCAGGCUUGCGUCCAAUUUGGAAAUAUCAAUUACCAAUUUCUUCACUGCACUCGUUGGUGUCACUCUCGGAGCCAUGCAAGCCGGGGGUGUCUUCUCGUUCGCACCCGACAUGUCGUCGGCUCGUGGUGCAGGUGCAGCUAUUAUCAAGUUGCUGGACUCUACCCCCGAGAUCGACGCCGAAGCUACUGAAGGGUUGACGUUCGAGGGAAGAAGCGUCGAUGGCCAGAUUCGCCUGGCAGACAUCCAUUUCCGCUACCCCACGAGACCUACCGUUACUGUCCUUCGUGGCCUGAACCUAACGGUCGCACCAGGUACCUAUGUUGCACUGGUCGGUGCGAGUGGUUGCGGGAAGAGUACUGUCAUUCAGUUGAUCGAGCGUUUCUAUGACCCUUUAGCCGGACAGGUUCUUCUUGACGGUCAACCCAUCACCGAGUUCAAUAUCCAGGACUAUAGGAAACAGAUUGCUCUGGUUUCACAGGAACCUACACUUUAUGCUGGCACCAUCCGCUUCAACGUCUUGCUCGGUGCAAUCAAGCCGGCUUCUGAAGUCACGCAAGAAGAGAUUGAAGAUGUAUGCCGAGAUGCUAACAUCUUGGACUUUAUCCAAUCAUUACCGGACGGCUUUGACACUGAGGUUGGUGGCAAGGGUUCACAGCUUUCGGGUGGUCAAAAACAGCGAAUCGCAAUCGCUCGGGCUCUUCUUCGCAAUCCCAAGGUUCUGCUGUUGGAUGAGGCAACAUCUGCUCUUGAUUCCGCCUCGGAGAAGGUCGUGCAAGAGGCUCUCGAUCGGGCUGCAAAAGGCCGAACGACGAUCGCUAUCGCCCAUCGCCUGUCUACCAUCCAGAAUGCGGACUGCAUUUACUUCAUCAAGGAAGGCCGUGUCAGCGAAGCUGGUACCCACGAUGAACUUCUCGCGUUGAGAAGAGACUAUUACGAAUACGUUCAGCUGCAGGUGUUGAAGAAAUAG